UCUAUGCUCCAGCUAGUUGUAAGGGAAUCUACCUUUUGUAUGGCACAUGUCGAUUGACGUGGUGGUGUGAAAUUGGUAAUAUUUUAGCUGGUUCAAUUGAUCUGACAUAUUUUUCUAUAAGCAACAUGUUCAAAAACCAUAUCAUCCGAGGGCAACAGUUGAUCCGCAAACUGAGCCGUGCUCGGAGCACUAUCCCCCAGUGCGCACCGGCAACUACACCUCAGGAAGUAUUCGAUAGGGAAUCCAAAUACGGCGCGCACAACUACGGUCCAAUACCAGUGGCUAUCACUCGUACUAAAGGUGUACAUGCAUGGGACAUAGACAACAAGCGUUACUAUGACUUCUUGAGUGCUUACGGCGCUGUCAACCAGGGUCACCUACAUCCUAAGAUCGUAGGAGCCCUGAAGGAUCAACUGGACAUCAUGACGCUGACUUCAAGAGCUUUCUACACGGAUGUCUUGGGAGAAUAUGAAGAGUUUAUCACCAAGAUGUUCGGCUAUGACAAAGUGCUGCCGAUGAACACAGGUGUCGAAGGUGGUGAAACAGCUUGUAAACUGGCUAGAAGAUGGGGUUAUGAGGUGAAGAAAGUACCCAAGAAUCAGGCUAGGAUCGUGUUUGCAAAUGAUAACUUCUGGGGAAGAACAUUAGCUGCAAUCUCAUCUUCAUCUGACCCUACCUGCUACGAGAACUUUGGACCCUUCAUGCCUGGAUUUGACAUGAUACCGUACAAUGACCUAGCAGCAUUAGAGAAAGCUUGCCAAAAUCCAAACGUUGUCGCUUUCAUGGUAGAGCCGCUCCAGGGAGAAGCUGGUGUAAUUGUACCGGAUCCCGGCUAUCUUCAGGGGGUCAGAGACAUUUGUACCAGAAACAAUGUGUUAUUUAUUGCUGAUGAGGUACAGACUGGUCUGGCCAGGACUGGGAAAAUGUUAUGUGUUGACCAUGAAAAUGUACGUCCUGAUUUAGUCAUUCUCGGUAAAGCAUUAUCUGGCGGUGUUUAUCCCGUUUCAGCAAUAUUAGCAGACGACGAGGUGAUGUUGACAAUACGUCCUGGAGAGCACGGCUCUACGUAUGGAGGCAAUCCUCUUGCCUGUAGGGUAGCAAUUGCAGCCUUAGAGGUUUUGGUAGAAGAGGAUUUGGCAAACAAAGCUGAUAAACUAGGAGUGAUUCUUCGUGAAGAACUUGGCAAAAUGAAUAAAGAUAUUGUGCCAAUUGUACGAGGGAAGGGUAUGAUGAAUGCUAUAGUCAUCAAGGAAACACCUGAUUAUAAUGCCUGGAAGGUGUGUCUGAAGCUGCGUGACAAUGGUCUCCUAGCAAAACCAACACACGGUGACACCAUUCGCUUUACUCCUCCCCUCGUCAUCACUGAAGACCAGCUAAUGGAGUGUGUUGAUAUUAUCAAGGACACUGUUAUGAGUUUCCAGUGAAUUGAUACUUAAAUUAUAAUACUUUCCAGAUAUUGCCGUGAGCCAUCAAGAUUGUCAACAGUUUAUUUUUAUUAGACUUAAAGCUCUGUUCACACUGUCUUAAAGCUCUGUUCACACUGUCUUAAAGCUCUGUUCACACUGUCCAAAUUUGUGUGAUGUGCCCAUAUAUGGGCAUGAUGAGGUCAUAUUACAUACCCAAAUAUAUAGGCAUAUCAUAUUUAUUUGUCACACAAAAUUUGAUAGUGUACAUCUGGUUGCUCUUUCGAGGUUCUUGUAUGGUAAGGGAAAACAUUGCAACAUUUAGCGAAAUGUUUCUUAUAGCAGCUGAUUCUGUUCUGACAGUUAAGUUUCCAGAUUAAUUACUGAAAUAAUUAUUUUGUUGGGAAAUGUAUUUUGUAAAUCUUGAUUUGGACAUGGUAAGAUAAAAAAUAAUUAAUAAAAUAAAUAGGGGAAAGAAUGAAAUUUGGUUAGAAAAAAACUAGAACAGAAUAAUCAACUUGCUGUUUUUAAGGUUUGCACUUUAAUAAUAAUAAUGUUAAUUAAAAGUUUUGAUGUAGUAGUUAAAAUUAUCUCUAAUGGACCAUAGCUACAAUCAUUGGUUGGAAAGCCGCUGGAAUACCUAUGUGUCAAAUUGCGAGGAAGGUAAUAGAGUGUCAGUCUAUCUUAUAAGGGCCGACACUACAUUGCAUGUGUAUAUUGUUUGCAUAUACAUAAGUCAUGUUCUUAAAUAAUGAUAUUCCUGGGAUUUAAUUAUUGUAAAUGCAAAAGCACUGUGUAAACAUAAAUCAUGUAUUUUGAUGCUUGUGAAGAUUGAUAGAUACAAAGUAUCAAAUUAAGGGCAUUUGGAAAACUCACUAUGUAAAAAAUUAUUCAUUGUGUACAACAUAUGUUUAAAGAAACCUUUUAUUUAAUUAAAAUUUAAACACAGAUUGUUAUCCCCUACCCCAAUAUAGACAACUUUGCAACUCUUUUAUGGGCACUGCACCGUAUUAAUUUUGAAGUUGUGUGCAGAUAUAAGUGAUAAAAUCCAUACAAUAAGCUGGGUUCAAUUCAAUAUUCACUUAAUAUUAAUAUUUAUAUGUAUGGUUUAUAUUACUUAUUUAAAAUAAUUCCUUUUGUGGCAUUAAAUAUUUAAUUUACAAUUUAACAGUAAAACACUUUUCUGAAACAGUAUAUUUUCCUGCUACUACAGUAAUAAAGAUCAGACUAUGUAUAAAAA